AUGGUUUUGUCAAAGCGGUGGCAGUUUCUUUGGAUGUUGGUGCCAAAGCUCGUCUACGAUGAUGGAUAUAAUAACCUUAAGCGUAGAAGAUUUAUCCGGUUUGUAGACAGGUCUUUGUUGCUGCACGAGGCCCCAGUUCUAGAAACUUUGCAUUUUAAACUUGGUAAAACAUGUGGUGUUCAAGAUAUUCGAGUGUGGAUUAAAGAUGCACACAAACUUUGCCCGCGUGAGCUGAUCAUCGAGAUUGAUAAUUAUUCUGAAAAUGAUACUCCUGUCACACUCUUUAGGAGCUUAUAUAAAUGCUUCAGAAUGCUCGUGACACUGAAACUAAGUUAUUUGGUUCUAAUGAAUGAUCUUUCUUCCGACAUCUCUUUCCCAUCUCUAAAAACGUUGAGUCUUACGGCAAUGGAGUAUCCAGAUGAUGAUUUUGUCGUCAAGCUUUUAUCCAGUUGUCCUGUUCUUGAAGACUUGGAUGUGACGCUAUGUCCAUAUGACAAUGUGGUCAUUUUAAGCGUUAGAGUGCCUUCUCUAAAGACUUUAGUCUUGAAUAUAGCAGACGAAAGAAAAUUAGAAGAUGUUUAUGGGUUUGUGAUAUAUACUCCUAACUUGGAGUGCUUGAAGAUUGAUGAUUACAAUUUUGACUUUGAAUCUAUAACUUCAGCUAAGCGCCUUAAUCUUUGCUUACCAACCUCAAAGAAUGCUUAUCCUGUUGGUAGUGUCUUCCACCGUCUUGUACAUCUUACGCUAUGCACAUGUGAGACUGAAUGGUUGAAUCUACUUAUGCGUCUUCUUAGAGAUUCACCUAACUUACGAGCUCUCAAACUUAAACAGUCUCUGCCAACGAAAAGAUAG